CGAACAGCUCGGCAUAUGGGUUUCGACCACCGGUCCCUCUUGUUCGUCAGCCGGUAGCUCCAGAGGACUCGUUACGAGCCGUUCUUGAUUCUAGUGUUCUCAUGUCGGGUAAAAGUCUCCCCUUCCUAUUUUCGGAAAGAAAUCCUUCGACUACCUCCAAGUAUAACGCAUUCUGGCAGAGUGAGUUCCUUGUCAUCCAGAAAUUUGUGAAAGCUGCAGUGGAGAAUACCCGUGGUAAGCUUACUCCUGCGAUUUUGGCGAAGCAUCCGUUGUUGAGGGAUCCUUAUUUAACUAAACGCAAGUCGCCCAGCCCAGGUACGGACAACCUCCAAGCGAGGGAGCGGCGAUCAAAGAAUUGUGCAGGUGGCUUUCGGUCGAUUUCGGAAGAUCCGGCGGCCCUCGUGACUUUCAAUUCUCCCAACAUCCGGGGUCUCAGAAGUGUGAACGCCUUCGCCAAACUUGCAAGUAGUCAGAAAACAACGUUUCUCGAGACGAAGGGAGGUGAUGCUGAACCUAUCCAUGGUGAAGAGGAAUCCGAGAAGGAAAAAAGUUCGGAGUCCAGUGGCGGCGAGAAUAGUUCUUCCGACAGCAGUGUUGAAUCUUCUUUUAUUCGGGGGAAGCCGUUUCUGAAGAUGGUCCUGAGACAGAGACUUGCGGAGAUACGACUUUGUCUUCAGUCGUGGCAACUGCACCUGGUGACCUUGAAACAGAGGUUGAUCGAGAUGAAAGUGUUUUCGCGACUAAGAUAAUGGAGAGUACUCCAGUGUCCGCUGGCGCAAUUGUAGUUAGGAAUCCCUUGCUGGUUGCUGAUUCAGUUCCGGGUGCUACCUUUGCUCCUUCAUUCCUGGUUCCUUAUCCAGAUCAUGUGUUGGUCGGUGGAUUCAGCAUGCCAAUCAAAUACGAUAUGUUAUAUACCAAGAUAUGGGAAAGGUAUGGACACAUCGCCACAACCAAAAGGGUCACUAGUCGGUCUGUGCUGGUCAAGCGUGUGAAGGAAUCUCUAUCUUCGAUCGACAACAUGUGCAAGGUGACUGGCCAUACCGUUUCUGAGGACGUGGUCGCUAGCUGGAAAUUCCAUCGUGAUGUGUGCGUAGACCAUGGGUUCAACGUUCCCUGGUUUGUUGAAGGUUUCUCUGAGAUACAAAAGUUGCAGGCUACGGCGGUUGAAGGUCCUUCAGUGGAUGAGGUCGCACAACAAGAGGCGGAGAUCAAGAGGUUAUCCAGGGAGCUGAAGCUGAAACGGGCGGAUCUCGAAAGUACGAAUGAGGCUUUCUCCAAGAAGAGCAGGCCAUUGUUGAGUGAUUUUCCUUAGCGUUUUAUUUUUUCUGAACCUCCUUUCCUUAGUUUUUUUUUUUGAAAGGCAAAGAAACGCCUAGUUUAUGGUUCGACUUUUUCUGGUUUUUGGAUUGGUAGACAAGUGUUACCUAUGAGGGUUUUGGAUUAUUAUUCGA